UCAGAUGCUCUUCUCCGACCUCCGAGUGUCUCGCACUGUACUGCGGGUGCUCCCUCCUGUGUCCCGCACGUCCUCUGCUACGUCCACAUACGGCACGAUUGGAGUAUAAGCAGCCGGUGACAGCGUGGAUUUAUUCGCACACACGGAACAGCGUCUAUUGGAGUGCGUGUGAGAAGCCAUGUGAUAUUUUUCCCGAUGAGGUCAUUUGGAUAGAUGGUCAUCGCCGUCUACUAGUCCUUCAGGUCGUCUUUCUGCGGUUGAUGAGUGAAGAUGGAUGAACGUCAGAUGUCCAAGGGUUCCAGAAGAGCGUCCGCACUGCAUCGGCUGCAACUGUUACGCCUACUAUGUAUUCUGCAUGGAUGCGCCAUUGGAGCGGCUCAAGAAAGUCGUUUCACAGCAACGCCUUGCCCCAAGCUAUUUCCAAACAUGAACCCCUCACUUCGACCUUGCUCCUGCUAUGUCAUCAACGCGCCUGAGAGUGGGACGGGAGUGUCUUGCGAUCGUGUGACGUUUCAGGGCAAUUUUCCGCUGCUGCCGUAUCGACAGAACGUUCACAGGUUUUCUCAGCGCCAUGCUGGACUGCAAGAUCUUGAAGCGCAACUCUUCACGGCCAGCGAUAUUCCCCUCAAGGUCGCUGACUUCUCCCACAAUCGCAUCCGACGUAUCACAGAACGAGUCCUGGAAGGCGUAGAAGACACUUUGGAAGAACUGUACCUCGGUUCAAACCUUCUAGGAGACCAGUUAAGCCCAGUAUUUGCCAGCAACGAGCUAAGACGACUCCGAGAGCUACGUUUCCUCGACCUCUCCCGAAAUAUGCUUCUUGGUAUUGAUUCCGCCGUCUUCAAGGAGUUGGAUAAGCUUGAGGUCCUUCGCCUCGACGGAAACUUGUUCCAGACCGUUCCUUCUAGCAGCCUUGCCGACCUCCCAAACCUGAGCUGGCUAAGCCUCGAUAACAACAGGAUAGUUUACAUUCCAAGAGAAGGGUUUCCCCCACUUCCCUCACUUCAGGCACUGAACCUCACUCGUAACAAGAUUCUGGGCAUUGAAGACGGAGCCUUCAUCGGUCUCUCAGGACUACAGUCUUUGUACCUUGCGGACAACCGCCUAAAAGCUCUCCCCGCCGGUGCAUUCGAAGGCUUAGAGCGCUUAACAGUGAUGGACCUUUCCAACAAUGCCAUGUCGCAUAUUCCAACGACGAGCCUGCGACGACUGCCAACUCUAAGGCGACUCCACAUGAGAGCCAAUAAGAUUAGGUCGUUGAACGGUGCACCUCCGUCAGACGUUCUUUCGCUCGAGUUCCUGGACCUCAGCCGCAACGAAAUCUCGCAGAUUGAACCGGGCACUUUCGAUGGCAUGAGUGAACUGAAGGAGCUCAGACUUGACGUCAACUUAAUUCGGAAAGUGGAAGGGUCCGUGCUGCGUGGGCUAAAAAGUCUGGAGACUAUUUCGCUGAACGACAAUCAGCUCCUCGUGUUCCCCUCUGGGUUGCUAAAAUCUUUGCCGUCUCUGCAAGCAUUAUCGGUUGAUUAUAACAGAAUUGCUGUGCUUUCGCCGGCAGUUGUCAGCCCAGCACCAAACCUAAAACAACUGUCGUUGUCUUACAAUUUAAUAACUGAUGUGCCAGAUGGUACCUUCAGAGGCUUCGAUUCGCUUGAGACACUUAGCCUUCGUGGUAACAAGAUAACUAGAUUAAAUUCCGGAAGCCUUGUUGGACUUCAAGAUACGUUGCUCGCUCUAGACCUGGGUGGCAACAGCAUAGAAACCGAGUUUCCUGAACUCCAUUUCCCAAAUUUGAGGAUACUCAACCUGGGAGGCAAUAAGCUGUCCUCAAUUCCGCCAGACGCACUAUCUUCGCUGCACAAACUUGAGCGCCUUGAUUUAAGUUCGAACCGCAUUGUUGAAAUGUCCUCUGGAGUGUUUGGAACGCUACGAAAUUUGAAGUCUCUUAAACUGAGCGGAAAUCUGCUUUCCCAGAUACCAUCAGGAAUUCUAGUCAACUUUGCAGACCUGGAAGAGUUGGAACUUCAAGGGAAUGCCAUCCAGGAAAUCGCGCCAUUUGCAUUUUCAAAUUUAACGACGUUGGAAACGUUAGACAUCAGUGAAAACAUGCUGUCUGUUAUCAAAGCGAAAGCAUUCGAUAAUUUGAACAAACUCAAGCGACUUGAGCUUCGGAAGAACUCUCUUUCAUCAUUCAAGGCAGACCUGUUCACCAAAGAAACCAACAUUGAAGAAAUUGAUUUAAGCCACAACCAAAUUGCUUACCUCUACCCUGACUCUUUCGCCGUGCACCGAAGGGUGAGACGUCUCGAUAUUAGCAACAAUAAGCUGUCAUUUUUCCCCAACGAGAUUAUUCGCUCCUUCUGGACAUUAGGACAUCUCAACUUGGCCUUCAACAAGCUGCAUACGCUCGAGGACGACGACUUUUCUAACCUUCCCAAUCUGAAAUAUCUUGACCUCUCCAACAAUCAGAUUAACGCCGUUGGAGAACGUGUGUUCCAAAACACGACGCAGCUGCGAGUCAUCAAGCUUCAACACAACCAAAUAUCACAAUUGGGUGACCACUUGUUCCAGGGCAUCAGUCAACUCAGUUUGGAUCUCAGUUACAACCACCUGAGCGCACUUCCAUCCGAUGUAUUCAGUCGAAUGAGGGACUUCAAACUGGAAAGCAUAAAUCUAGCGUACAAUCAAUUUAGCAAUUUCCCAACAGCAGCUCUGAAGAAACAGUACUCUUUCCUAGAAAGGGCGAACUUUUCAGGCAACAGUAUUAGAGACCUCCCAUCAAAUGCGGACGUGCUAGUCAACAUAAAAGAGCUGGACAUGUCCCAUAAUCCGAUGUCAAUAAACGCGCAUCAUGUGCUUUUGGGCGAGCCGAAAAGUGUCCGUAAGCUCCACCUUGUGAAUACAGGGAUACGGAGCUUACCUCUGAUCGAAAGUCCAUUCUUGCGCGUCCUGAACAUUUCGAUGAACACUAUAAAGGGUCUGGUUCCUCAAACGUUUCAGAAAACAACGUUUCUGGAUACCUUAGACAUGUCUUUCAAUGAGAUACCAAAUUUGGGAUCUAGCGUGAAGAUGGCGUGGGAAAACCUGAAAUUGCUUCGAAGACUGGACUUGUCGGGCAAUCCCAUAUCGUUCAUUGUUAAGGGAGACUUGGAUUCCUGGAAGAGCCUAGACGAGUUGCACCUGCGUGAUUUGCCCAGACUUAACCAUUUGGAAUGUGACGCCUUCAUGCCACUGACGACUCUAUCGAAAUUGGACAUCUAUGGUUAUCCGAAUCUUCAGACCCUUCAAGCUCGAACAUGUCUAAGGUCGUUCGAAAGCCUACAAUCACUUGGCAUCGAGAUAAAGGACAGAAUUCUGAAAGAUCAGCUUCAGAAAACAUUUAAUCCCCGUAUGACGAAGCUCCACGUCACAGGACGCGAAGUAGGAAGCCUGUCUUCAAGCGCGUUCGCUGGCAUACGAAGUCCGAAGUUUGAAAUAACACUCGCAAAUACGAGCAUUAGCGACCUUCCUACUAUGAUAUUCCUUCCUCUACCUCUUUCCACCGAGGUUGUGUUGAACGCCGGUUCUAAUGCAAUUCAAAGCAUCAGUCCCCAACUUCUUGCAGCAAUAGACAGCAAACAAUCCGUGCUCAAGGUCGACGGGAUUCAAGACAACCCGAUCACUUGCGACUGUAACCUUCUUCCAUUCUGGCGAUGGAUUAAUGAAGGUAAAACACUCCAAGACCGACACCACUCCGAUAAUCCUCUGAAAGAGGUUGUGUGCGUUUAUCCCGAACACUUAGCCGGCAUCGCAGUAAAGAGCCUUCGUGCUGAAGAUUUAGUAUGCAACGAUAACACAUCGAGUCUUCGAAAAACUACUUCGCCCGUCAACGCGGGAACGGACCGUCCUUUUACAACUCCCAACAACAUUCUCCGCAGGACCACUCCAUACAAGAAGGAGCCCGACAUUAUCUUCGAAGUCCCCACAACAGUUAAACCUCGGUUAGCCACCUCUCAAAGCGCGCUUACAAAAGUCGAUACGAUGAUAAUCGGUAUCGUCGCGGGCGUCGUGGCGUUUGUCUGCAUUCUCAUCAUGGUCAUCUGCAUCGUGCGCCUGAGACGCUCCCGUCCACGAUACAGUUCUGGUGCACCCCCAAUGGGCCACGCAGGACCGAUGAAGUGCACUUGUCUCAAGCCCCCUCCUAAUUCCUGCACGUGUUUUCCGCCAUAUGCGGUGCCUUUGUCGUAUCACCAUCCAGGUCACAAGAUGGCUGGGCCACCGUCUGUAGCGUCAAGAUCUGUAGCCUAUUUCGGACCGUAUGACAGUGACAUGGAUCAUCGAUAAUGAUGGAGGUGGUGGUACUGCUCAAAGAACUCGUCGUUGUCGGCCGCACAGAGGUGGGAUCGUCGAUAAUCUUGGGUGUUCAUGCACCUAGUGAACCUAUGAAAACAAUGUUGUUGCGCGAGAGAAAAAGUUACCUAUAUGCUCAUCACCAUAAGAGAUACAGCGCUCCAAAGAACGACGUCAUCGACUAAGUGAUAACAGCGGAUAAGUUAAUGUGCGAGUUCAGCUGGCUAAUGUGCGUGAUCGUUGUGUUCCAGACACAAUAUCAGGUUGGUAACGCUGUUAUCUCUUUAACGCCGUGCAAACUACCAGCGCUGCGACAGGAUACCACCUCGGACCCAUCCGCAGUGCGAACUGAUAAGCAGCGGACGAAAGCAGCUUCUGCAGUGCGCGUGACUGUUGACUGGAGCCUUCAGAGCCGGAGGAGGUUCGACCAGUUCGAUGACCGUUACGAGAACCGCACGAGGUGUCUUACACAGUGCAGUGUACUACGUGACAUUAACAUCCUGAUAUGCUCAGUGUACAGCUUUAUAUCUUCCUGUAAAUAUCUUUAUUAGCAUGCACUACAAAACACACAAAGGUAUAACAGCCUGCGUGGACAUGUGCCACGUGUGGACGUGGCACAAGGUGGCACUCACUUUAUCUGUACAUCUUUGAAGAACCUCCUAGCCACAUUCUAAUGACCGGUAGAUGCUUUGUCAUCAAUAACAUUAUGCCUUUAUUCAACAUGUGCAACUUCCUGUAGAGAUACAAAAACAGCUUGUUUCUAUACUGACAAAUCCCGGUGAACGUAGCAUGCGUUAUUGGUGUGUAACGGCGUUGUUUGUGAGUUUCAAUGUGUAUAAUAUUAUAGUUGUGUGUGAUCGCAGCAUGAUAGACGAAGACUGAUUCAUCGGAUCUUGUCAGUAGGAGCAAGUUGCAGUUGAAUCAGUAGCGUAUCUGAACAUCUCCCACUAAGAUUUUUUACUACAUCCCGCGCGCAGCGGCAGAUGAAAAUGUGGCAUUUUAACAGAGGAAUAAAUUGUCUGUUUUCG